ACAUAGUAGGAUAUGCUCCACUCACACUGCUAGUCCCACAUGCUGUCUCUUUGAUCCUACUUGAACAAAAGGCUUCACAUUUGUCUGCAGCACGAUACCUACGUUAUCAUACAGUACUUCUUGACAUGCCUAACGUAACAGUUAAACGUACUGUACUUAACCCUGCUUCUCUUAUGCCUACACCAGAGGACGGAGAACCACAUGACUGUCUGGCAGAGCUGGCGCAAACAUGCACACCUCGCCCAGAUCUUUCGGAUACUCCCUUGGAGAAUCCAGACCUCAUUUUGUAUGUAGAUGGGUCAGCCUCGCGCUGCCCACAAACAGGACAGGGACAGGUAGGAUUUGCUGUAGUUUCUGACACUGAAACUAUGAUUGCUAAAUCUCUCCCAAACCAUUUGUCUGCACAGGCUGCUGAGCUCAUUGCCCUCACGGAAGCAUGUAAGUUGGCUGAUGGCUCAUCUGUUACCAUCUUCACGGACUCAAGAAAACAGGUUUCAGCGGGUCUGCCUAAACCAGCUGAGGGACCACUGCAUAAGCUUCGGCCUGGGGACUUUGUGGUGAUCAAAAGCUUCAGGAGGAAGAACUGGCAGUCCAGACGGUGGGAAGGACCCUUCCAGAUCCUCCUGGUCACUCACACAGCAGUCAAGGUCGCGGAACGAUCCACGUGGGUGCACGCAACACACUGCAAACAGGUUCUGGACCCAGGAGAGGUGCCAGGUUUGCUAACACCUGCAACAAGUGACGAGCAGGUUCCCUGCUGAGUCAACUACGAGGGAAAUCGAUUCAGAGACCAGCCUGACAGACGGCGUUCUGUGCUAUCUCUGAAAUCAAUCGGGGAAAAACUGGAGUUUUCUCACUGAUUUGCAAACACACUGAAGGAGGAGAGAAAGUGUGACCAACAUACUGGUAUUGUACCUUUUUGAACACAGCACAUUCCUGAAAAAAACUCAUUCUGAUGCUCUGACACUCACAGCACAGUCCUUGUUUUCUUUACACUGAGGAACUGUUGACAUUCCUCUGUGACUCAGAGCAGUGUGCUCAGGCACAAACAUACAGGAGCAGAGUGCUGUGAUAUGCACACAUGAUGGAGCAGCACGAGAAACUACUGAAAUGGUACCCUCCAAGGACAUUCGGGGGGUCCAAAUUUGUACUGAGUUUAUUCUUCAUUACUGCAUUUGUGAUUUUUGCAUUCGUAAUGUUAGAAAGAUAUGAUAAACCGCUGACUGAAGUAACCAUUUUUUCCAACACCACUUCUCCCAAUGAAACAGACACACCCAGACACACUUGGAACACUAGUGAGGAGCAUGGGAGGGGAAAGCGAGUGACGCGUUCCACAGUUUCUGCGUCUAGGAGUAGAUGGCGUUCAGAGUACAACAGGUAUCACAGAGCUAAUGUUACUAUCAUGGUCAACACUACAUCCACUCUUAUGCUUCAGCCCUGUGACUUUGUGUGGUACCGGGGAGCAUGGAGCAUCAGUAGGAGAGAGAGAGGUAUAUGUAUGUUACAUUGCAGAGGUGAUGGAUUUAGGUUAUUACAGAGAAUUAGGACCCUUAUGUUCCUCAUGGAAACAAGCUGUUUGGUAUACAGGUAAUGCAGAUUGGGGCUAUGAAGUUCCUAACGACCACACAAA